GAUGGGAUGCUAUGGGAGGCAAUUCUUGGCUGUGAGGGUGGUGAGAGGCUGGCACAAGCUGUCCAGUGAGGCUGUGCCUGUCCCUGGAUCCCUGGAAGUGUUCAAGGCCAGGUUGGAUGGGGCUUGGAGCAGCCUGGCAUAGUGGAAAGUGUCCCUGGCCAUGGCAGGAUGGACAUGGUCUUUAGGGUCCCUCUAGACCCAAUCUAUUCAGUGAUGAAAAGGUUACAAAUGGACACAGGUCUGUCAGAAACGCCCUCACUGGUUCCACCACUCAAAACACAAUUCUGUGCUUUCAGCUUACCAGUGCAUCUGCUCAGUCAGGAAACUGGCAUGUUGUCUGGAACCCAUAUAUAUAGGAAUUAAAUAACCAUUGAGAAAUUACCCUGAGGCUUACGGUGGAACAGCUCCAAGUCAUUAGUCCCACCCACAGUCCUUGUAUGAGGAUACAGAUUUGGGGUGUGAAGGGACCCAUGGUGGAUGGUGGAUGGUGGGUGGGGGAACACAGGGAGCCCACAUCAGGAUGGGUGAUAAUGCCUUUCUCUCCACAUACGUUAUCCAACUUAGUGAAUAACAACAUUAAAUUUUGGCCUUAUUUUCCACAUAAUGCCACUGCACUGAAAAUGGGAAUGUGAACUACAGAGUGCUAACAAGUGCAGAGAACACUGGUUUUUUGAGUUCGAAAGGGGCAAGUGAAUGAUAGUUUAGCAGCCAGGAUGGAGGUGUUAAUGCCUGAACCUCAGAUUUAUGUGGAAAGAACUCUGGCUAUCAUCAAACCAGAUGUCAUUGAUAAAGAAGAAGAAAUAGAAGAUCUCAUUCUCCUAUCAGGAUUCCACAUCAUUCAGAAACGGAAGCUCCAGUUAAGCCCAGAGCAAUGUAGCAACUUCUACGCAGAACAGUUUGGGAAAGUGUUUUUUCCUAAUUUAACAGCCUAUAUGAGUUCUGGUCCUAUAGCUGCUAUGGUUCUUGCUAGACAUUGUGCAGUCUCAUACUGGAAGGAAUUGCUGGGACCAUCCAACAGCCUAAGAGCUAGGAUAACUCACCCUCACAGCUUAAGAGCACGCUAUGGGACUGAUGAGCUGAGGAAUGGGCUCCACGGCAGUCUCAGCAUCUCCUCAGCAGAGAAGGAAAUUCGAUUCAUCUUUCCAGAAGCAAUCUUGGAGCCAGUUCCCACUGGGCAAAGAGCUCGGGAUUACCUGAACCUGUAUGUGAAGCCCACGCUGCUGGCAGGGCUCACUGCCCUGUGCAAAGAGAAGCCAGCAGACCCCAUGAUGGCAUCAGAAAGUGUCUCAGACAUACUUGCUGUCAGCACAGGGUGUGCACUCAGAAAUACUUGCUCCCAGCACAGAGAUUUGGCUUGCUGACUGGCUAAUUGAACACAAUCCUAAUAAACCUAAGAUACGAUAUUGCAUCUCUCAGUAAGAGCGUCGGCGGUGAGAGCUUGCUGGAAGCCAUCUCACACAUUCCAAGUUACAGAUGUGUAUUGUCAUUUUUGGUGUGUCCUUUGACUGUAUAACCAAUGCUAUCUAAAGUAAAUGCAUUUGUCAUAACUGCUUUUGUCCUCAUGGGAUUAAUAACCCUACACUUAACCAGGAUGUAGUGGUUCUAAUACCUUCUCUACUGACAAAGUGAAUGUAGAAUUACACAAUAAAUUUAUGUCACUGGGUGAUUAGAAAAAGACAAUGUUCUCGGUGUGACUUACUGCUAUUGUCCACAUUUUUCUUAGUUUGGCUGCGUGGGAGAACAAAAUAAUUUACGACAGUAUGGAUUCCCAAAUGAAAUCCACCUGUGCUUUGCAAAGCCAAGGGUUGUGUUUCAGCAAUUUUUUAGCAGAAAUUCAGUUACAAAGGGAGUUAUUUGGAUAUAAUGUAGAAAACAAUUACUGGAGGCAUAUUAGCAACUUUGGAAUUUUAAUUGCUGAUUACAUCACCCAGCUAACGUGUUCCUUGAAGAUGGUUCACUUAAGUCUGAUGUAUUUUGUCAGAAUGUAAUUUGAAGGACUUAUUUGAAGGUACAUUCAAUGCACCUUUCCCAUCUUGGUGGCAAAAGGCUCAGGGACUGUAAAUAAGAAGAAAGAUGUAUUUUAGUCAAGGAACUAAGAUUGUCUUCCAACAUUUGUUUGCAAUAAAGGUGCUUAAUUGGAACAGCUCACCUUGAUGUUUUCUGUGUUCUGCUCCUAAAGGUACACAAAUUUCUCUUGUUUUCCUCAAACUUUCAUGUGUUCAGUUGAAGAAUUUCACGGGAGUGCUCAUCCACAAGCAAUGGGUUAAUCCCAUGCUAUUGCCUUUUAUGAAGUAACUAAACUGUUUUUUAGGGAUGUGGGGCAAUUUCAUUUUCUUCAAAGAGCUGUACUUAUGCUGUUAACUUCAAGCUUUGUAUCUUAUGGUUUGACUGGCUGUAAUGAAGAAAACAGCGUAAUUUUAAUGACUCUGAAAUAAGAGUAUGCUUGACUAAUACUAAACAAACAAGCAAUUUCAUAAUUUGUUUCAUGAAAAAACUUGCUUCCCCAUUUGAGUAAUUAUGAGAAACAUAAGUCAUUUUUCUGUAACAUCAAACUUUGUUGAUGUGGAUUGUUUAUCCUCUCAGUGGAACAAACCACUGUUGCCAGCCCAGAUAAUAAACAUUUAGAAACUGCUUCCUACAGUACCAAGACCUAAAAAUCUUGGGACUGCCAAGAUAAGGAAAAAAAGGAAAGCUCAAACCCUCAAAUAAUGAAAAAUAAAAGUAUGAGGUGGUUAGAAAUACAGUAAACAGAUCUGUUUAAAACCAGUUUAUUUUGCCUAUAAUUAUUGUCCCCAUAUGUGUCUGAUUGCUCUAAUUACAGGACAGUUGUGCUUUGUGGUUUCCUGUCAGCCAAAUAAAAAAAUACAUUUUCUAAAAAUGCCAGAAACUAAAAUCCAGUGAAUUCACAAGGCAUUCCCCUGUAUUUUGUUAGUUACUAUGACAUUUGCCUGCUUAUUUUGAUGUGCUACUGUUUGACAAUAAAUACAUCCUUAAUGUU